AUGUGCGGACUAACAGCUUUCCUUGCCCUGGGUAGGGGGGAUAACGGCCGUCAGUGCGGGAAUUGCCAUGGCCCACAUCUCUUGAAAGGACAGAUGGAUGAGAGUCUGGAGUUGGUCAAACAUCGUGGUCCUGAUGCAAGAGGCCAGUGGUUUAGCCCUGAUUAUCGUGUUGGUCUGGGACAUGCUCGUCUAUCAAUUAUCGACCUAAGCCCUGCGGGAAACCAGCCUUUCCAUGACAGUGAAGAUGAUAUCCAUGCCGUGGUCAACGGAGAAAUCUAUGACUAUGAAAAGCAUCGAAUGGAACUUGCCGGAGAAUUUAAAUUUAAGAGUAACAGCGACUGUGAAGCAGUAAUUGCUCUCUAUCGCCAUUAUGGUGUCUCCUUCCUCUCAAAAUUAAGAGGAGAGUUUGCUCUCGUCCUCUGGGACGCCAGGCGAAAGCGUUUCUUUGCGGCCCGUGAUCGCUACGGUAUCAAGUCUCUGUACUAUACGGUUGUGAACAAUAAACUGCUAGUUGCCACAGAAAUGAAAUCUUUCUUGCCCUUUGGAUGGCAGCCGGAGUGGAACGUCGAGAACCUCAUGGGAAAGGGUUGGUUGUAUGACUCCGAGAUGUACUUUAAAGGGGUACAUCGACUGGAACCUGGCCAAUACUUGGUCAGUUUGAACCAUCAGUCUCCAGAGGUGAAGACGUACUGGGACCUUGAUUAUCCUGAUAAGAGAGCCCCUUGCCCACAGACUGAAGAGGAGAUAGUCCUUAAAGUGAGAGAGCUUAUGCUAGAAUCAGUGAGACUCCGUCUCCGCGCUGAUGUGGGAGUGGGUGUUUACCUUAGUGGUGGCCUGGACUCUUCUGCUAUUGCAGGGAUGGCUGCCCACCUUAUCAAAGAAGGUCAGCUUUUGGGAAAUGAUGCUAGCGGGGAUAUCUCAAAGAUGAGUUGCUACACUAUUCGAUUUGGAAAGGGAAGUGGAGUGGAUGAGUCUGGUACAAACUCCGAUAUCGCGCAACGAACUGCCGACUGGUUGGGCGUUGACCUCUAUCCCGUUACAAUGGAUGAGGAAGAGAUUGCCGUGAGACUUGAGGACACCGUUUGGUAUACCGAAGCACCCAUCCCAGACGUUAAUGGAAUGGGUCGAAUGGCUGUUGGAGAGCUUGCUCAUUCACACGGGAAGAAGGUCAUUCUUACUGGCGAAGGAUCAGAUGAACACUUUGGAGGCUACCCUGACAUGCUCACCAAAAUUCUUCUGGAGCCAGAUUACGCAUGGCCCUCUACUCCAUUCCCCCCAAUGCCUAACGAUGCCAAAAUCUGGACAGCGGGAAGAGAGCCUGUACCACCACCUGUGGAGGCUCCUGCGUCAACAAAGAGAAUGCUGAAUAACACAUCGGUAUUCGCUCGUAUAAACUCAUUUUACGCCCUCCCCUUCGCUUCGUGGACCGCCAAUCUUGGGAUGGACAACCCUGAAACAGUCUUUGCGGAAAACCUAGGGGCUCAAGUCGUCGCCAAUAUCACGGAUAAGUGGCACCCAUUACACUCUGCAAGCUACCAGUGGACUAAAUCUAUUCUGGCGAACUACAUCCUCCGCUAUAUUGGAGAUGGAGUCGACAUGGUCCACCAGAUUGAAACCCGCCCACCAUUCCUGGACCACCAUGUGACUGAAUAUGUGAACCAGAUCCCUCCAAGCCUAAAGAUUAAGUAUGACUCUGGAAACAAGAUCCUCCGUGAGAAAUACAUCCUUCGCCAGGCUAUGUGCCCAUUCAUUACUAAUGAGAUCAUGAACCGUACCAAACGUGCGUACCUGGGACCAACGAUCUACCGCGAGGGUGGACCGAUCCACAAUGUUGUUAUAAAGCUUCUCACGGAGGAAAAUGUGAGGAAUCUUGGGUUUGUGGACUGGAAUCAACUACAAAAGCAAAUUGUGAAAGGUUUCCGCGAUGGUGAUGGACGAUGCUUCCGAAGCUCGCUUUUUGUCGCUCAGCUUGUAGUACUCUCGCAGAGAUUUGGAGUGAAGAAAGCCACUGAUCCAUUCCCAAGGCUGCAGCCUGAAUAUACUGAACGUGAUGAUCCCUAUCUGGCUUUUACCCAGACUAGGAGCCGUCUCUAG